AUGCUAAGGCGUGGCCUCGCUCGCCAUGGUCUGAAGCCACACCACUCCCGACUCUUGUCUCCAUCCGCCAAACUCCAUUUCUCCAACAAAAGAGGCUAUGCGUCGGUAACAGACCUCAAUGCCUAUCCUAAGCCUGGAGAAACUCUCCAUGGCUUCACCUUGAAAGAGAUCAAGCAUGUGCCCGAACUCCAUCUGACUGCCUUGAGUCUGCAACAUGAGAAGACUGGUGCCGAAUAUCUACAUGUCGCUCGAGAUGACAAGAACAAUGUCUUCGCAAUCAAUUUCAAGACAAAUCCCACCGAUAGAACAGGCCUGCCCCAUAUCCUCGAGCAUGUCACCCUCUGUGGCAGUGAGAAAUACCCGGUCCGUGAUCCAUUCUUCAAAAUGAUGCCCAGAUCUCUGGCAAAUUUCAUGAAUGCCUUCACCUCCUCCGACUAUACUUCUUAUCCCUUUGCCACCACAAAUCUACAGGAUUUUCGCAACCUGUCGGAAGUCUAUCUCGAUGCCACCCUGCACCCUUUGCUCACACAUUCCGACUUCUUGCAAGAAGGAUGGCGUCUAGGUCCGCAGGAUCCCCGUGAUGUCGCCACCGAGGACAACGUCCAAUUCAAAGGUGUCGUCUACAAUGAGAUGAAGGGCCAAAUGUCCGAUGCCAGCUAUUUGUUCUACAUCAGGUUUCGAGAACAUUUAUUUCCUUCUCUAUACAACUCUGGAGGCGAUCCCGAAGUCAUGACCAAUCUCACUCAUGACCAAUUGGUCAAGUUCUCCCGCGAGCACUACCACCCCAGUAACGCAAAGAUAUUCUCUUAUGGCAGUCUAAGCCUGGCUGAGCAUCUGAAAUACGUCAAUGAAACCAUCUCAAAAUUUGAGAAAUCCACUUCGGAUUCAGAGGUCAAACUGCCAAUCGACCUCUCCACUGGGCCACACCUUUUCGAAGUCUCGGGUCCUUUAGAUACCAUGCAGCCACCAGACAGGCAGACAAAAUCAUCCAUCACCUGGAUGGGCUGUUCAUCUUCCGACGUUGUUGAGUCAUUCUGCAUCAGCAUCAUGAUGUCUCUUCUGAUGAGUGGUUAUGGGUCUCCCCUCUACCAGGGCUUGAUCGAGUCCGGCUUGGGUACCAACUUUAGUCCUAACUCAGGCUAUGAUGCUUCUGGUCGAGUUGGGGUCUUCUCAAUCGGCCUCGAUGGCAUGAAGUCCGACGAUGUGUCUGGAUUAAAGGAUACCAUUCAAACAAUUUUACGAGAAAACGCCCACGAAGCAUUCCAACCUCACAAGAUAGAAGGCUAUAUGCAUCAACUCGAACUUAGCUUAAAGCACAAAACUCCUUCUUUUGGAAUGGGGUUACUAGAAAAGACUUUGCCGGGUUGGUUCAAUGGCGUCAGUCCUAUGCAAAGUCUGGCUUGGAACGACAUAGUAGAUGCGUUCAAAAGUCGCCUGAAACAAGAGAAAUAUCUUGAAAACCUUGUACAGAAGUAUUUCAUGAACGACCAUACCAUGCAAUUUGUCAUGCAUCCCUCUGACAUGUACGCCAAAAAUCUAGAAACUCAAGAGGAAGAACGAAGACUAUCGAUCCUCGAGGAACUCAAAAAAUCCUCCAAGUCCCCGGAAGUUGCCAUAUCCGGACUUGGAAAACAGGAACUCGAACUUCUUGAAGAACAAGAAUCUGCCCAACAAAAGAAUCUCGACACCCUACCAACAUUACGCGUGGAUGAUAUUUCUCGCACCAAAGAGAGUAAACCACGCCACUGGGACCAAAUUGGUGAUGUGAAAUGUCUUUGGCGUGAGACAUCCACAAAUGGCAUCACUUAUUUCCAGGCCAAGCAUGUUUUGCAUGAUCUACCAACUGAACUCCGGCUAUUACUUCCCCUGUUCACUGAGUCUUUGAUGAGACUUGGUACCAAAACAAAGUCCGUUGGAGACCUUGAGGCCGAGAUGCUCCUGAAAACUGGCGGCAUAUCGAUUUCUCCAUAUGCGGCUCCAGAACCCUGGAGCCUCGACAACUACACAGAAGGCUUGAUGCUAAGUGGCUACGCCUUGGAUCGGAACAUCCCAGCCAUGUACGACUUAAUUCACACCUUCCUUCUUGAGAUAGACUUCUCUGAUCCUAAAGCAAUUGCGGCAAUACAAGAGUUGUUGGAAUCCAAAGCAUCAGGCGCUUUGGAUUCCGUUGCAGAAACUGGUCAUCACUUCGCGAUUACCAGUGCAUCUGCUGCUCUCACACAACGUGGCCUGAUACAAGACCAACUGUCGGGCCUAGCACAGAUCGAAGCUACUGCCACCUUACUGGAUGCUGCUCGGCGAAACCCCGGAACCUUACAAGAGGUCGUCCAGAAGCUCCAAAAGAUCCAGUCCUUCGCCAUUAGCAACUCUGCUGACCUUUCAGUCCGAAUUGUUUGUGAGCCUUCCUCGACAACCACUAAUCAUUCUGCACUUGCGAAUUUCCUCGCUAAACUACCCAAAGGAAGCCAGAAAACUCUCUCUGGUUCAAAAUUUGCCGAAUUUGUCCCUGGGUCAGCUCUUUCUAGACGUGCUUAUUUCGACUUGCCCUUCCAAGUUUCAUAUACCGGAACUUGUCUCCAGACUGCUCCAUAUGCUUCUCCUGACAAAGCUCCGCUUACUGUCCUCAGCCAACUCUUGGUACACAAUUUUCUUCAUCCAGAAGUCAGAGAAAAGGGCGGUGCCUAUGGUGCAUCGGCCAGCGCAAGCCCCGUCAGCGGCCUGUUCACAAUGUCCUCAUACCGCGACCCCAACCCCAAGAACUCUUUGAACAUCUUCCAGCGCGCAGGUGCCUAUGCACAUGAUAAAGCAUGGAGCAGUCGAGAAAUAGAGGAAAGCAAGCUCAGUAUUUUCCAGGGCAUUGACGCUCCAACAAGCGUGGUUGGCGAAGCUAGUAAAGAAUUCCUUUAUGGCAUCACCGAGGAGAUGGACCAGCGAAUGCGUGAAAACCUCCUAGACGUCAUCAAGGACGAUGUUCAGAGGGUCGCACAGAAAUAUCUGGUCGAUCUCGCUCCGGAGCUCAAGUCGACCUGCAUUCUCGGAGAAAAGAAGGAAUGGGCCGAGCAGGAGUCGUGGCAGAUCAAGAGCCUAAAGGUGACAGCAGCAUAA